AUGGCUAACGAGAAGAUCGACGGUCAAGAUUGUGUGAACCAAUACGACGGCGAGGAAUACAAAGACUCCUUGUUGUUGUCGAUGUCGAUGGAGGACUUGGUUUUGUUGUGCGGUGUUGGAUCCGGAGUGAGUUCGAGCGGUUCGCGGGAGAACAAUGAGUCGAGGAGCGAGAUUGGGCUGACGGAGCAUUUGACGGAUAUUCUCGUGGACGAAGGGGACGGAGAUCUUCCACUCUGUCUCUCUGUCUCUCCUCCUUCCAUUUUUCGGGAAAAUCGUUUUUCUUUUUUUCCCGUGAAAAUUUUAAAACCACAUUGCCAAACCAAUGAACAUCAACAACAAGAAGAGCCUAAUAACCCAAUUGGAACUUUCCUCCAAAGCUUCGAGCUAAUUCUCCCAUGGCUGACCCCAAUAGAAUUAGCCAACAUUUCUCUAACCUCCAAAUCCCUAAACCAACUCUCCAAAUCCACCACUCUUCGUCGAUCCUCGGAUGCUUCCAGAUCCUUCGAAAACCUCUCCAUCCCAUUCCACAACACCAUAGAUGACCACCCAUAUGCCCAUUUCAUCUACACCCCUUCACAGAUUUUCCCUUCUUCUUCUUCUUCACAACCCCAGCGCCAGUCAUGGGGUUCGCUGGGUUUUAGCAGCUCAAGUAGACUCGGUGUGGAGUCGGUGAGUUUGGUGGACGAGUUGGGGCACAGUGUGUCUGGGUGUGAUUGCGAGAGGUGUGACGAUGAGGACCCAGAUGGGUGUCCUUGUUUUUUUGAGAUGGAUGAGUUGGAUAUGGGGAACGAGUGCAGAUUGAGUUGUGGGUGCAAGUUGGAGUGUGAGAAUAGGUUGACUCAGCGAGGUGUUUUGGUGAGGUUGAAGAUUGUGAGGGAUAGAAGGAAAGGUUGGGGUUUAUACGCUAUUUCUGGUUCAUUCUAUGAAGUAUGUGUAUCAAAUCUCUAUUUGGUUGCUCGGAAAAUGAACUUUCUAGUGUAA